AGAUUGUAACUAAAAGUGAGAUCUCGGCAUAAAUAGUACUCUGAAAUCCUUUCUGAGACCGCGAAAGCCUACUUCGAUUCGAUUUGAUUCUGAUUGCCAUGGAACCCAUUUUCCAGCUAGUUUCACUUGGCUAAAUAGAGGGCUUUGAGUUUUCGUUCAAUUCGAACUGCGAUAUUCAGUUGAGAGCUUAUCUUGUACCGUUACUCGUUCGCAGGGCCCAGAGUAACGAGUAACGGCUGGCGACCAUCCCUAGCCCGCAGACGAUGGGCAACACUGUCUUUCUUUUCAGCGAUUGUUGCCUAGCCGUGCACGUGGUUUCCGGCACUCGAAGUGAUUUGAAUUUCAAUUAGAAUUUGAUUAUUCAAGACUGCUCGAAAAUGAACAACAUACAUGACGGCAUCGAGACAGCCACGGAGGCGGCUGAGAGCGUUGAGCUAAUGGACAUUCCGGACAGCUCUGAGGAAGGCAGCAGCUUCAAGAAUCUGGAGGAUGACUUCGAGAUGACUUCCAGUGAUGACGAGCUGGAGAGCAGUCUCUUGCAGCUAGUGCGCACCAAGCGCCAAACCCUCGAGGAUAUUUGCAGCGAAUUCGUCCAGCUGUACGUGACAAAGCCCGAGGCAGCGCUUAUCAAGUUCAUGCAGUUCGUCUUGGAGGCGAGCGGCAGUGGCUACCAAAUACCCGAGGACUACGGCGCUCCAAUCAAAAGUGACGUUAUCCUCAAUGCGGCCCAAGCUCAGUAUGAAAAUAAAAUCCAGCGCUAUCCGCUGAUCAUGCGCUGCUCGCAUUCCUUCACCAUGGACGUGUCGAACUUUUUGCAGCAGGUGCUGCACGCCGUAAUCAGCACGUCCGUCAUUCUGGACAACUUCUUUCUGAGGCACAUCUCCGGCUUUCUGGUAGUGGCCUCCGACUCGGACGUGCUGCCGCUGCGGCACACGAGCACCUUGAUAGCAAUGAAGAUGAUGACCACGUUGAGCGAUCUGAUGACGCUGCAGCACGACAAGCUGCAGCUGAUCUGGCUGCAGCUGUUCAACGAGGUGUUCCUCAAGCGUAAGCGAGACGACGUGGACGAUAUACGCGCCCUGUGCAUAGCCGAAUGCGGCAUUUGGCUGAACAAGUUUCCGCAGUGCUACAUCAGUGCGUCGCAGAUGCUGCACCUAUUCGAGGCGCUGCAGGACAACUCUACUAAGGUGUGGGAGUCCAGUCUGAAGGCCAUCAUCAAUUUGCAGAAGAAGCCGAAGCUGCGUGCGAGCUGCCUUCAGCUGGGCUACAAGUUCCGCAUGACCCUACUCAGCCUCAGCAUGGGCGCCGAGAGUGAGCUGGCCGAGAUGGCAAUGCUGCUGCUCAUGCGCUUUCACAGGGCCAUGCCGCAGCUGCUCGAUGACCAAAUGAUUGAGAUCGUCGAGCAGCUGGUUUUCGCCAUCAAACGUGGCGUCGCCCAGGCAUCGGCCGAGCUGCUGCAUCAUUGCUUCCAGCAGGCGACCACCGACAGAGAUCGCGUGCUCGCCUUGAUUCACUUUUUCAUAAAGUUCGAGGGUCACGAGCAUGCUCCCUACCUGGUCGACUCCUUCUACGGCCGCAGCAAGAUUGUGGUCGACUGGGCCACAAUGCUGGACAUACUGCUGGAGCCGGAGAGCAUCACGCGCCAGGAGACCACUGUCAUCAUCGAGAUCAUGACACUGGGCGUCAAGCAAGCAGUGACCGGAGAGAUCCCACCUGGUCGCACGACCACCAACCUGGUGCGCCAGCCCAUGGCGGGGGCCGUUGAACAGGCAUCGACCAUCAUAUUGCCAAUGCUGAGCACUCUGCUGCGCCAGUACCGCGUUGAGCAUCUGGACGUGAAGUACCUGCUGGAGCUGCCGCUGUACAUGAGAUGCUCGAGGCAACAGGCCCAGGAGCUGAUUGAGCAGAUCAAGUGUCUCAUGUUCAAGCACAGCAACUUUGCGGUGCUGCAGAAGUGCGCCUCGGCGCUGGAGCAUCUGUUUCAGCAGUGCCCAGAGCCGACGCCCAGCUACCGCAAGGACCUGCUGGAGCGGGCGGUGAUCACCUAUAUGAAAGCGGAUAGCGCCUGGCAGCUGGCAAUAAAAAAGUCGCAGAAGUCGCGCCUCAAGGCGAGCACCAAACGUCUGCAUGUCGCACUGCGUCUCAUUUCGGCGCUCUACGAACGCUUCGAUCUGAACGGAUCCCAGAUAUUGGACACCGUCCUGGUCAGCCUGAAGCGUGCCAUCCGGGAGAAGAAGGAGGCUGUCGUGUCGCUGUCCGACGAGGCAAUGCGGCUUUGCCUGGAAAUAUGCUACAUGGGCAUCUGCUGGGACCUGAAGCGCGUCCAGGAAGCGGUCAGCGUUGGCAAGCACGUGGAUGACGAUUGCCUAAUGCUGGCCGAGCAUUUGGACGAGUUUUUUGUAGCUGCCUUGAGCAUCAUCGAAAACUCCAACGAGCUGAGCAUCAGCUGCGAGGCUUUCGUCUCCACUUGCGAUCUGUUGGUGCUGUUCGCCGAUAAUCUGCGUCGCAGCGGCAACACUGCCCUGCGCUCUCUGCAGUACAAGUCGUCCAUCAACGAGCUGAAGACACUGGAGAGCUUUGUGCUGCGGUACGUGUUCAGUGGGUCCGGCGAUGUCGAGCUUACCAAGGCGAACGAUGGGGAGCUGCCCUCGGUACUGCAGAGCAAACGCCGCGUCCUGGCCGGCUUCUGUAAGCUCUGCUUCAACAAUAUUCUACCCGUGUUGCGCGCCUCGAGUGUGUUUCAAUACUAUGAGCAGUUCCAUGCGGUCUAUGGCGAUAUUCUGCUUGCCACCAUGGAGCGCUGCAUGUCCAUCAAUAUGACUAGCUUCGGCAUGGCCCUGAUGCACACCUGCCUGCUGGUGUAUAAGCGCGUGCGGGCUGCUCAUGCUAACGCUGUCGAGGCAGCUGGCUCUGCACAGUUUGGCAAGCUGCUUAACCUGGCCAGGCUAUUUGGGAUUCUGCUCAAUCUCAAUCUCAUCAAGUGCCGCCCGGCUGUGCUCAUUUUGCAUCGCGCCGGCAUACGCUACGCCAUGGACAGAUCGACAGCUGCCACAGAACGGCCGGAGAAUCUGCUCUACUUGAAGGUCGUGCGACAGUUUGUGCCCCAUUUGCUAGCCAACGAUAUAUUUGACGUGCUCAACUAUCUGGAUGGCACCAACACGGAAAACCAUCACAGCGCCCACUCCGAUGAGUGGGAGCCACUGCUCGCUUAUCGCAGCUGCCUCGAGACUGCCCUAAAUCAAAGCUGCCACCACAACCCGAAACUCUAGUCGACAAGAGUCGCACGAACA